CUGGAAAAUCCCCCCAAAUCCCAUCCCACUACCAACAGUUACCGCGCUCUUUGCAUUCUAGUUGCUUCAGCACUCGGGCACUCUCCUUCCCUGAAUGCUCAUCAAACACUUUACUCGACCAUUGUCUACCCUCUCUAGGAAGACCGGUAGAAAGGCCACCAGUGGUGCUGCUCGAGCGUCUGCAUCUUCUGCAUCUUCGUCACCUUCACCACCUCAUCCACCACCUUUUCAAGAGCCCGUUGCUUAUUCCCUCAGACGCAGCCCCAAAUUCCGCCACGUCAGCUGCGAGGUUGUGAGUAGUGACCUCUGUCAGUCCCUGCUUCAACGUCUACAGCCAACCCUCCCCUCUCCAAACACCUGCGACCUCAUCGACAUCAACCCCGGCUCUGCUGUCUGGUCCAAACAACUACAUGAUGUCCUUCGACCGCGUCGCCAUGUCUUGGUCGAGCCUCGCCUCCAACAGUUUGGGCAAAUCCUGGAGCCCCUGAUAACAGCAUCCAAUUCUCCCUACAGACACGCCGAAACUCUCGAAGCGGCCUUGGAUCCUGCCAAUGGCCAUUUGUCUGAAUACCCCCUUCAAAAUGAUGAAAAGCCUCUCGCCCCAAAUCCCUCCCUUCUUGUCACCGUCAACCUGUCCGGUCCUCGUUCGCAGACAAAGACCUUCGUGGGCUCUGCCGGCAAGAAGUUCAUGCAUGAUUUGAUCGCCUCCCAUUGGGCGAGAGGCUCUCAACUCUACCGCUACGGAUAUGUUCGUGUCCUGGCCUGGAUCCCCGCUCAUGAAAGCAAUGUCUACAUUCCUCGCUCUGUCGUCACCCGCCAGAAGCUGUCCGUAAUGCUCGAGGCUAGCAUGAAGUUACAAUUGCUAUGUAUCCCGAGCCUCGAACCCAGUCGACAUCCCACUCGCGAUCAUCCAGAUCCGAUUUUGGAACAGCAAGACUUCGACCGCGUCGAAACGCAGGACCCCCUUUAUGCUUCUCUUCCGGAACCACGACGUCUGCUGCCGUCCCGGCCUCACCUCCUCACUAUCGAGCCAACCCCGACGGCCCUUCGACAGUCCACCUUCAGCACUAACGCCAUCUGGGUCCUUCGCUUUCUCGAACUUGAUCAAGAUCUGAAGCAAAAUGACCCCGAGUUCUACGAAUUGACCACACAACCGGCUCUUCCUUUCGAGACCCUCCGUGCUCACGCCAAAAUGGAUUCGAAGCGCCGCGACUGGUUCAAGUACUUGGCCACCGCGAAAACUACCUACAAGUCGAGAAUGCAUGCACUUGCUCUGGUCGAACAGCAUCGCAAGAUCGAUUCAACUCUUAGAUUCCUUCCUUCCGCGGCGGGCUCUCAUCUGCGUGAACCCUUGUACAAACAAUUAGCUCUACUUGACCAUGACAUGUCAACGAUGACUAGAACCAACAAACGCUGGAUAGAAAAACUCAUCGACGAUUAUCGAGUUCUCGACCUCGACCCCCCCGUCUUGGCUUGGAGUCAGCGAGAUCACCAGCCAUUGGCAACCCACGCCGACGAAUUCCGCCCCGAGUCUCAAUCCUUGGCUCUUGUCGACAUCACCCCUAAGCCUGAAUUUACCACACCACUCGAGUCUGAAGGCCAGAGCCUGUGCUUUGUGCACGUCAUGAAUCUCGCCUCGGAGAUGAUGCACAAAUCCGUCGAUCAAUUCCUGUCUCAGCUUGUUCCCGGUGGGCUGGAAGAAUUUCUUAAGACAUUUCCCGAUAUUCGUGAGCCCUCCAAAGGAGGCUGGCAUGACUUGACCGCCCUCCGAACCAGGACACUCCCCGCUGAUAUGUUUGUCAAGCUGGCCCUUGCAUAUCAUGAUUGGCCGUUCCGAGUUUCCACCAGAGAGAUGCUGCUGAAGAGCGACGACUCCCUGGCCCCCACCCAAAAUUCCGCUAAUCACUACAGACCUCAGUAGGCGGUGCUCCUCGAGAACGACGCUUUCACGACUGUGGACCAAAGAGUUUGUCCAAGACUUGUCUUGUGUUCAUCACCUGGGCAAACUCGUUGUUCAAACUGGCCAGGCUUACUCGAUGCACCAUGUCUGCAUCGAUACCGACUUUGUUGAAUGCUGCCGUGGCGUCCGAAACGAUGACCAACCCCCCAUCGCUUACAAGCUCGAUAUCGCUGGCCAUGCGAGCUGUUGUACUGACGCAAUGAUCUGUGGUGAUACCCACUAUGAUGAGCUGUUGCACAUUCUUGGAGCGGAUCAGACUCUCGAGCGUUGUGCUUAUGAACGCAGAGUGCUUGGUCUUGGAGAAGAUCGAUUCAUGCGGCGACGCCAUGUCUGGUCUCGCCACGGGCUGAAACUCGGAACCGCCCGGGUGAACACUGGAAUUGGGGUAUAAUGGUGACUCGGGGUUGGAGGAUUUGUGAUAGACAUGUGCCACAACCACUGGCACUUCGGGACUCGUCCUGUUGUACUUACGGACCUCAGUCAGCAAUGAGGCGAUGUUGGCCUCAAAAUCUGGCGUGGACCGUUCAGUUCCGUAGAAGCCGUUGCCAACAUUCAAGCCGACUUGGAUAUCGAUCAGUAAUAAUGCCGUUGGACACAAUGUUGCCCGUGAAAGCUGGCUGGAAGACAUGGUCUUUGUUGGCG